UCUGGGGUCCCCAAGCCGCAGGUCCCCAAACCUGUGCCUGAUACUCAGAUACCAGCUGAUCAAGGUGAACGGGUUUCUGUGGGUGUCAAGAAACUAACUGAUCAAGCAAGCCUCAGAGUGGCUGAGAUGAAGAGCCCAGUGAAGACGGGAGCAUCGCGCCCUCCCACAGCGCCACUGAGCAAGCCGGCCACCUCCCCCACCUCCGCCUCCCCCAGGACAGCAGCCCUCCAGAGAGGCUCCAACACCAGCCCCCCCAAACGGCCAACAUCCAUUAAAACUGAACCCAGAUCUGCAGACAGCAAGAAACCUCUGUCAGCCAAGUCCCCCUCAGCUGAGCUAAGCCGGCCUCGAACAGCCUCCUCCACCCCGGUGAAGAGCUCCCCUGGGACCCCAACUGCCCGGACCCCCUCUGCCCGAGCUCCCACACCCCGAGGUCCCCGGUCUUCCACCAUGAAGAUGACAGCUGCAGCGGAAGCCAAGCGUGUAGCGCCCGUGACCCGCCUUCCCCCAAAGCCCGUGCUUGCCCCCAGACCCCCCCGGCCAACCAGCGCCCCUGUCCCAGCCCCCAACCUCAAGAACAUCAGGUCCAAAAUCGGCUCCACCGAAAACAUCAAGUACCAGCCCGGCGGCGGCAAGGCCAGAGUGUUAGACAGGAAGGCUGAGGCCGGCAGAUUGAGUGGAAAGCCUGAAGUCUCUACAGUGACUCGAGUCACUAAGUCAGCCACUGGGAGAGAACCCGCGAGGCUGAGUGAGAGCAAAGUGCAAAUCAUCAACAAGCGGGUUGACUACAGUCACGUGCAGUCAAAGUGCGGCUCCAAGGACAACAUCAAGCACGUGCCGGGCGGGGGCAACAUCCAGAUUCCCAGUAAGAAGAUGAACCUCAGUAGCGCGUCAGCAAAGAGUGGCUCCCGCACCAACCUCAAGCUCAAAGCAGGUGCUGGAGAUGAGAAGGUUGAAGCCAACAAGUUGGACGUGAAGAAUGAAGGACAGGACAAAGCGAGCUCAGAGGACAACAUGGGGGAUACCCCAGAGGGGGGCAAUGACAAGAAUGUGGGUGACGAGGAGACAACCCGACUGCCCGAGGCGCCCCCCAGUGGAGCGGUUGGGAGCAGCACACUGAACGGAGUGGGGGAAGCGGACAGCCAGUCUCUCAGCCAACCGCAGCCGCUGCCGACAUAUUGAAUCUCACCGGCUGCCACGACAGAGCUGAGCACAGAGCAGACAAUGUACAAAGCC